AUGCACAAAUUAAAAAGACUCCUACAGAGGAAACGUCUCAAAAAGGAGGAAGCUCACAUGGAGGAACAAGGUCUUGCUCGCAUCCCUCUCGAGGCGCCCGCUGCCGCCGAUAGCCCCAAGUCACCCUCUCUAUCCAACCUGGAACGACUUCCCUUCGAGAUCAGAAACGCUUGUUUACUUGCUAUAGACUCCAUAGCAGACCUCUCUGCUUUAGUUCAUGCAUCUCCGACAUUUCAUGAACAAUACCAACUUGACCGAGCGUUUUGGCUCUGGCAUUGCUUACAGCUGGAACUGGGCCCUGUUUAUGUUGAUGCCUACAUCGCCGACCAAUGCAACGCUCCUGAGUUUCGCUUGAAACGUAGCCGGGAGAAAAUUCUGUUAUUCAUUGAGGAUUACAAAUCACAUCGCUCGUUGACGACAGAUGUUUUUACCAAAUGCCCCGAUGAAGAUGACAUCGUCAGCAUCGCCAUUUUUCAUUCUUCUGUCAUUCGGCCACUAAUGCAUCACUACGUCUCCUGGACUCGCACAAUUAUGGAACCUCUCUCAACACCGAAGGAAAUCAGUCGCACAGAGGAGAGACGCAUCAUGCGUGGCUUAUACCGCUUCCAAAUAUUCAGUAACCUCUUUGGGGGUGUCAAAGGCAGAGAUCAUGGAAGUACCUACCUCGGAUCCGAAGAAAGACUCAACCUUCUUCUGAAUGACUUUGUGGCUUGGGAGAUAGAGGAAAUCCUGUGCAUCAACGCCUUUGCACACGCCAAGUAUGAAAGUGUCUUUGAGGCAAUCCAAUGGGACUUGCACCCUGAUAACCCGUCAUUCGAUAUCGUGAGGACCGGUCCUCAUACGCCUCCCGGCGCAUUCCACCUUGUCAACCAUAUGUCCUCAGAAUGGUAUAGAAAUGGCAUGGUCUCGAGGGGCCUGUCCGUUCUGUCCUCCGUAUUCGAAGCUCAGGACCGUGCGAAGCUGGUCGAAGUGGUUUCGGAGGAGAUUGUGGCUGUCGUGGACGACGUGCUUUUCCGGACCACUAUACCUUGGUACCAAGAAUCAAGACGCGAGACCCAGUACUCUGACAGGGACCAAGCCCAGGAUGAUCGUGAGAAGAUGGUCUUCACCGGCGACAGUGAUGACUCGCCUCCAUUCGCAUGGGUUGUCUUUUGGAAAGAGGCAUACAGCAACCUCUUUGGCGAUUUUAUACCACGGCCCUUGCGUCAGUGGGGAUAUAUCAUGUGGGACAAGGAUCGGUUAGAUAAUACUGAUGCUAUUGCCAUACUUGACCAGGAGUGGAAAGCCAUGUAUACGAGGCCAGAUGCCGAAGACGAGCCGGGGGACCCGAGGGACGAGAUGUUGGCUUAUCACUAA